AUGGAACCUUCAUCUGAUACUAUUUCAAACCUCUCAUCUGGAACUCCUUCAAAUACUACUUCUAAAAUUAUAAGAAAUCCCAAAGAAUGGAAAUUUGAUUUUUCUAAAGAUCAUUUAGAAAAAUAUAAUACUUAUUCUAUUGUGAUUGGUAAUGAUCCUUUCCAAUUAUCUAAUCAAAAUGAUAUUGAAAAUUAUAUUAAUUUACCCAUUGUUAAAUUAAAGGAGAAAUUUGCCAAGAUAACAAUCAGUCAUCCUCUAAGACCAAAUACUCCUACUAAUUUACAAAAUAAAAAGACUCAUAUUAUUGAUGAAUUAGAUAUUUUCAUUACAUUAAUUGAUCCGGAUUUAAAUAAAAAUUCUUGUGACACAAGUAUUGAUGAUGAUGUUGUGAAAGACGUGACAUUUGAUAAUUCUUUAGAUCAAUCCAAUAUUUUAUCUAUUUCCAAAGAUAAAUUAUUUAAAUGUGGAUUAUCUAUUAAGAAUGGUCAGCGGUUUGGUAUUUUCCCUCACAAGAAUGAUAUUGGAUUUAAUUUUAAUGAAUUACAUAAGACCAAAUAUGUAGCAGAAUAUAUUUUUGAAAUAUCCAUUUGUUAUAAAUCUGCCAAAGAUGGAAUAUUUGAAGCUACAUUGAGACAAAUUGAUUCUAAUUAUAAACCUUCACCUGUUAUUAAUAAUAUAUUUAUUAAAAGACCAUUUACAUUUACUAUGCCAAGAAAUUGUAACAGAAACACUACUACUGCUACCACUACUAAUACUAAUACUCAUGCCCAUUCCCAUGCCCAUACACAUACACAUACUAAUAAAAGCAAUGAAGUUUUAAAGAAUCUAGAGAUAGAAAAAGAUUUAACGAAAAGAUUGAAAUAUAUGGAAGAUUUACGUCUACACAACUCUAUAAGAGAUUUUUACUCCAAACGGUUUAAUGAAUUUAAUAGGACCUCUAAUGGAAUCAUACAAAACCAUCCACCCACGCCUUCUAAUAAUAAAGAUACAAAUUUACACAUUCAUAAUGUGGAUCUAGAUUCAUUGAUGCCUACAUUGGGAGAAAAAUUGAAAAAAUUGGAACAAGAAGAAAAAAUUAAAAAUAAAUUAAACCAGCUGGAAAAUUAUCAAAACAGAGAUUCUUCUAUUGAUUCUUUGAAACGAUAUGAAAAUUCAUUUGAUGGCUUGAAACGAUAUGACUCCUCAUUUGAUGAAUCGAUAGCCAAGAUAAAAUAUGAUGUGCCACCAAUUAUGAAUAAGGAUCGGUACAGAUUAUUAAGAAAUAAGAGAAGGUUUAUUGAAGUUGAUGAUUCAUGUGAAGACGUAUCCAGUUCAAAUAAACAACAAAAGACUCAUGCUGAUGAUACACCCCAUGAAAGACCGUUGGGGAGAUUAGAUUUGGAACUUGCUAGAGCUAAAGGUGCUUUAUUUGGAGCAUUUGCCAUGCUUGGAAUGAUGUUUUUCUUUUCUCAAAUUCAAGAAGGUAAUAUUCAAUUAUUCCAUCCGCACUAA